AAUGAUUAUUAUUAAUACAUAACACAUGAUAAGCAUGUCUUCAAUCAGCAAUUUGUGUCUAAUUUACCGACAUUUGUGUCGAUCACACAAACCAUUUACCACAUUAUCAUCGGUUACCGUCAAUCAUGUCUUGGGUCACAAUACACGCCAUUCAAUUGUAUUGAAUCGCCGUUUUAGUCACAGUUAUGUCAAUGUCCUCAAAGACAAACAAUUGAUGACACAAAUGGAGAGCACUUUUAUAUUACCGUCGGUUCAGACAAUUUUGAAACGACUGAUCGGUUUUGACGACAACAAAGUGUUUGAGACGAGACCUGAAUUAAUACAUAAGUCCAAUGAAGUCCGAUUCAUGACUGAUAAUGAACUUAAAAUGACGCUAGAAAUAGCCCGAAUGAAAGCCGGAGAACAGCUGGCAAUGCCACCGGUGUUGGCGCCCAAAGAGGACAAUCCCCGUAUAUUAGCCACCGAUUAUGAACUUCAGGGUUAUAUAGACAGCAAAUAUAUUUUUGUUGACUCGAGUCCCGGAUCCAGUGAUCAGACUAGACUUAUUGUUGUCCGCGAAACUAACGGUAUAUUACGUGAAGCAAAUCGCGAGGAAAGGUAUCGAAUGAAUCAAAUGUUUUUUCCAAAAGAAGAACGACUUAUGGAAAAACCGAAUAUGUUUUCCGAACCGCACUUAACGAAUGUAUUGGAUCGACGAGAGUAUGAGUUUGUCCUCAAUCGGGCCUGUCUUCAGUUUGAACCCAACGAUCCGGAAUACAUAGAAAUCUGUUAUAAAACGUAUGACCAUAUGGUGGCCAACAACGAUGUAUUGGGUUUACAGUCUACCAGACAUUUCGGUCCGUUUUGCUAUUAUUUAGUUUAUUUCAAGAAAAUCGAUGAACUAUUAAAUCAAUUCAUACUGAGUGAGACCAUCGGCGAUGCGACUGAUUUGUGUCAACUUUAUUAUGCUAUUCAUUCGGGAGAUUCACAUCUUUCGGAUGAAAACAGUAUCAAUAGAGUUGAAGAUAUAUCACUGAUUAAGAAAUAUAUAACCGAAGAAUCAAUUGAAAGACCGAUUCUUGAGCUAACGCUUCAGAAAUAUGAAGAAAUUCAGAGACAAAAGGCAAGUCUGACGGAUGAUAUACAGAGAGCUCACGGAUUGAAGACAUGA